CAUUUUUCAGCACUUCGCAUAUCUGGAUUCGACCUUGCAUGCGCGCAGGCGCGAGGCGCCUCGGCCCGCACACGCUUCGCUCCGUUCUUUUCUUCAGUCUGCGAACGAACGCCGCGUCGAACGUAUGUCUCCGGCGCUGCGACGCAGCAAAACCUAAACGCGAAACCAUACAUCAACCAAAUACAUUGAAAUAACACUUGUUUACCAACACAAGAACUGUUUAAAGUUAAAUAGUGAGUGUAACAGCUCGCGCGGACGCGGAUUUCUUCCUAAAAGGUUUCGUCGAAGAUGUCUCGUUGAUUCUGCCAGGCUGAUUUGAACUCUACGCGAUGACGAAAAGGUUCGAAUUCAACUGGCAGAUCCCGGUGCCCGAACCGCUACUACAGGGCGCGGUAUUCGACCGAUGGACGGAAGAGAAGGACAACACCGAGCUCGAACAGAACUGCACAUUCAAAGUGGACGAGUAUGGCUUCUUUAUCUACUGGAAGAGCGAUGGAAAGGACGGUGACGUCAUCGAGCUGUGCCAAGUCAGCGACAUUCGCGCUGGAGGUGUGCCAAAGGACUCGAAGCUGAGCACGAACUUGCUUAACAAGCACGGGGAGACGCUGGAAGACAAGUCCCUCACCAUCUGCAGUGGCACUGACUACAUCAACAUCAACUACCAGCAUGUCGUCUGUCCCGACGCCAAUACUGCCAAGGUAUGGAAGGAGAGUCUCCGAGCCAUCACUCACAACAACAAAAUCAACAAUGUCUGUCCAAGAACCAACCUUAUGAAACAUUGGAUGCGUCUCUGUUUCCUCACGGACCCCAAAGGCAAGGUCCCUGUCAAGGUGGUGGCCCGAACCUUCGCAUCAGGCAAGACUGAGAAGCUGGUGUACCAGUGUCUGUCGGAGCUGGGGCUUCCAUCAGGGAAGAAUGAAGCUAUGGAGAAGGAGGCCUUCACUUUUGACAAGUUCUACGCGCUUUACCAUAAAAUCUGUCCGAGAAAUGAUAUUGAAGAAUUAUUUAGGUCCAUAACUCAAGGCAAAUCCGACAAGAUCAACUUAGACCAGUUCGUGAACUUCCUGAACGAGAAGCAGCGUGACCCCCGCCUAAACGAGAUCCUGUACCCGCUGUACGACGACAAAAGAGCGGCGGAGAUCAUCAACACGUACGAACAGGAUGAGGCUGCAAAGAACGAAAAAUGCCUAACGAAAGACGGGCUCAUCCGCUACCUCAUGUCCGAUGAAAACGCUCCCGUGUUUCUGGACAGACUGGACAACUACAUGGACAUGGACCAGCCGCUAGCUCAUUAUUACAUCAACUCCUCCCACAAUACGUACCUCUCGGGACGACAGUUUGGUGGCAAGAGCUCUGUGGAGAUGUACCGACAAGUGUUGUUAGCUGGAUGUCGCUGCGUAGAACUCGACUGCUGGGACGGCAAAGGCGAAGACGAGGAACCAAUCAUAACGCACGGCAUGGCUAUGUGCACAGACAUCCUCUUCAAAGACGUCAUCUACGCGCUCAGAGACACCGCUUUCGUGACGUCGGACUACCCCAUCAUAUUGUCGUUCGAGAACCACUGCUGCAAGGCGCAGCAGUACAAGCUGGCUAAAUACUGCGAUGAGAUCUUAGGCGAUUUGCUGUUGAAAGAACAGCUUCCUGACUAUCCGUUGGAACCCGGCCAGCCCCUACCACCGCCUUCAGCGUUGAAGAGGAAAAUCAUGAUCAAGAACAAGCGGCUGAAGCCGGAGGUGGAGCGGCAGGAACUGGAGCUGUUCCGUCAGGGGCAGUUCGUUAUUGAGGACGAGGUUAAGGAGGACGCUUCUGCCGUCGCCGUGCCUGAUAAGAAGCCCGAAGAAAUAGUGGCCGAAGCAGCGACAGCGGGCGACGACGCGCCUCCACCCGUGGCCUACACCGGCUCCACCACCAACGUGCACCCCUGGUUGUCCUCCAUGGUCAACUACGCGCAGCCCAUCAAGUUCCAAGGAUUUGAGGAGGCUGAUAAAAAGAAUAUCUACCACAACAUGUCUUCCUUCGCCGAGACCACCGGCAUGAACUACCUGAAGCAGCAAGCCAUAGACUUCGUCAACUACAACAAGAGGCAGAUGUCCAGAAUCUACCCUAAGGGCACCCGGGCUGACUCUUCUAACUACAUGCCUCAGGUAUUCUGGAACGCCGGCUGCCAAAUGGUGUCCCUCAACUUCCAAACCUCGGACCUCCCCAUGCAGCUCAACCAGGGCAAGUUCGAGUACAACGGUAACUGCGGAUACCUCCUCAAACCGGACUUCAUGAGGCGGGCGGACAGGAGCUUCGACCCGUUCGCUGAUGCCCCCGUCGACGGCGUGAUCGCGGCUCAAUGUUCUGUGCAAGUAAUAGCCGGCCAGUUCUUGUCCGACAAGAAGAUCGGCACAUACGUAGAAGUCGACAUGUAUGGUCUACCAACUGACACCAUCCGUAAAGAGUUCAGAACACGCAUGGUACCCGCCAAUGGACUGAAUCCUGUCUACAAUGAAGAACCUUUCCUAUUCCGAAAGGUCGUGCUCCCGGACCUGGCCGUGCUCCGGUUCGGCGUGUACGACGAGAACGGCAAGCUGCUGGGGCAGCGCAUCCUGCCGCUGGACGGGCUGCAGGCCGGCUACCGCCACAUCUCGCUGCGCACCGAGGCCAACUUCCCCAUGUCGCUGCCCAUGCUGUUCUGUAAUAUCGAGCUGAAGAUCUACGUGCCUGAUGGGUUUGAAGAUUUUAUGGCGGCCCUGUCCGACCCCCGCGCGUUCAUGGGCGCGGCCAAGGAGCGCACCGACAACAUGAAGCAGAUGGGCAUCGAGGAGAGCGGCCCCGAGAAGAAGGUGCAGAUCGAGGACAAGAAGGAAGAGCCGCUAGUAUUCGAGCCAAUCACAGUAGAGUCCCUUCGCCAAGAGAAGGGCUUCGUUAAAACUGGCCGCAAGCAGCAGAAGGAGCUGGAUGCCAUGCGCAAGCGCCACGCCAAGGAGAAGCUCGCCAUGCAGAAGACGCAGUGCAGCGCGCUUGAGAAACUCAUCAAGGGCAAGAACAAAGAGCAGCUAAGCAACGACGCGGCCUUCCGCAAACUUGUCACCGACCAAUCAGCGGCAUGGAGCGAGCUGGUGGCCAAACACCGUCUCGAGGAGUGGAGCUCGGCGCGCAGCCGGUUGGAUGAGCAGCGAGAACUGCUCAAGAAGAUGAUGGAGACCACCCAGCAGGUGCAGAUGAAGCAGCUCGAAGCCAAGCAUGAGAGGGAGCUGAAAGACAUGAACGGCCGGCAGGCCAAGAUCAGCAUGGAAACCAGCAAGGAGGUGGCAAAUGAUAAGACCCUGAAGACCAAGCAGGAGAAGGACCGCCGGCUGAGGGAAAAAAAGCAAAACAACACUAAGAAGUUCAUGGAGGAACGGAAAACGGCGACGAUCAAGCAGAACCGCGAGAAGGAGAAGCUCAAGGUCACGCACGACAAGCAGAUGGAGGAGCUCUCCAAGGACGUUGACAACCUGAUCGAGAUGUACAAGAUGGAGGAAUCGGAGUUCGACAAUUCGAGCAAAACGGAGUUCUUCGCAUGAAAGUACCCCGAUAUUGCUCCUCUUUUCGAGCAAUUGACUAGUAUGCCAGUGGCCACUGAAGCGAGUGACUCGAGCCAGUGAGCUGGCGAGUGUGAAGUGAUCUCUUCAUAAUCAAACCUCGGAAUUUAGGGGGUAAAUUUUGACGACAGGUAGGGAGUUCCUAUAUCGAUCACUUAAGUUAUCGAUACUUUUCCCUUACACUAGUGAUAACCGCUAGCUUCGUUUUUUAACUGUAUAUUUUGUAUGUAUUUCGGGGUUGAUGAUAAAGUUCACACAAAGCAUAUUAUGAUCGCUUGGUUAGAAAAAAAACGACGACAUGUUUCAAAAAUCCCUUCCUAAAUAGAAAAGGGAAUUGUGUAAUUAUUUUGUUUCAUUUUACUUCCAAUAAAAUUAUAUUUUUACAAACCAAACUUGGAGCGAUCACUUGUAGGUAUAUGACAGAAGCUUUGAUAAUUGAGUUUAUCGAUAUAGGAAUUCCCUGCCUGUCAUUAAAUGUUGCCCCCUAAAUUUCGAGGUCUGUUAAUAAAUAUAAUAAAAUAAUCUAUUUAUUACCUAAGAUUAAUUCCAUGUCAAUCCAAAGUUCCAGAGUGACCUUUUGUUUGAGGUUUAGAUGAAUUUUCAUAUAUUUUUUUAGUAAAUUUUAAUAAGUGUGUUUAAUUCACCUGGUUAUAUUUAAGAUAUUAUAAUAUAUGUCAUAAUAUAGGUCAUGUUUAUUUUAUUUAGUGUAAACUGUUACCACUAAAUCUUAGGGAAGUAUUUUGUACCUAUGUGGUAUAAUGACAGCUGUCAAUGUCAAUAUUUAUUUGAUCGUUGUAAGUUGUAACUCGCCCUUAUUACAUUGAACAAAUUUAUUUAGAAAUAAUUUUCACCAACAUUAUUAACUAGCAUAUAUUUUAGGAAGUAAUAAAAAUAUUGUUAAUCAAAAUUGGAACGAGAAAUUUAACGAGAAAUAUUGACGAACUGAAAUCUGUUGUUUCGGCCUUUUUCGGUUAGUUAAAAUUGACUAAAUAUAAGCGAACUAUAAUACAUUGUAAGUUGUAUGGCAAUGGGGAAUAACAUGUUCUUUCUACGGGUAAUAUUUAAUCUAUUUUAGUUUAGACACUUCCAGUAAAAUACUAGUCUUCUCUUUAGAUUUCUUCCUUUUUUAAAGUCAAUCACAACUCUAGCCGCCAUACAAUCCAAGUUACGCUCAUGUCAAAUCAGGCAGAUCAUUAAAUUCCUAGGCAUAUGGUGAAACGUGAAAAUCAUUGUGUCGUUGCCCGAGUCGACGGAGCUUGCUAUUUCUAUACUCUGUAUCAGUUAAGGGUAGAUGAGAACAUUACAUGAUCAAAUAAUGUAGGUUAAAGUCAGGUCGUUCAGUGACAGAUCCAGGUGGUUUUGUAUUUGGUUGGAUAACCGAUAAUGUAAAAUUUGCAAAUUGAUUGUUUACUUUUAUUGAAAUACCUAAAUAUACAGAGUAUAGACAGUUUUCCUCUCGGGCAUCUGAAGCAACCUAACGAAGCUAUCCUACCUAUUGGUUUAAUGUGACUAUCGUCAAAACACUACCCAGGAACAAUCGGCCUGAUUUUACGAUCGGCCGCCGACACUUGUAUUUUUAAACGGCAUUCCGAAAUAUCAUGAAGAUAUUUGAUAUAAUAUCAUUACCGUCGUUUCAAAAUGGGAGCAUAACUUCGAUUGUAUGGGAGCGCUUUUUGGUGGCAGAUUCGUGUGACUCUGAUAUGACUGUUGACAAUUAUACGCAAGUUUAAUUUAAUUGAUGAAAGCAUUAUAAGUAAGAUAUACCCACAUUUUUUAAUUUUUACAUUAUCUUUUCCGAUCCCCAUGACAAUGUAUGUAUCACUUUAUAUAGUUUAUAUUAUUAAAAUUACUUGUAUUUUAAGCGAAAUAUUAAUUUUAAAUGUUGGUAAGGGAUCAAAUGCCAAAAAAAAUUCACGAAAAUAAUAAAAUUAUAGUUGUGAAAUUUGAAAUAAAUAUCAUUCACCGACCCCAAUGCAUGAGGUUACUGAAAAUUUAAUAGUUUUCUUUUCAGAUCUCAUGAAAGGAGUAGUGAAAUAUGCAUACUUAAUUUAUUAUAGUGGAAUUUUUGAGUGGUCUAAAAUUACUUGAAAGCAAUAUUUUGAAUAAUGGCCUUGUAUUCUGUGGAUCCCAUCGAAGAAAUAAAAUCUAAACGUGUUAAAACAACUAAAAUGUAGGGUGGAAAUUGCAAUAACAGAUUAUGUAGAAAUAACUAGUCUAGUAGUUUUUAUACAAGCCCAGCUAGUUGUACUGCCCCAAUGUCAAAAAGAAUCUAUGGAUCUCAUUAAUAUAUAUCUAAGGACGGGCCUUACGGGCAAUUAGAAUGGGCCCAGUACAGCGGUGUCACGCACACGAAUUCGAGCCAAUCGUGCAGUCUAACGCCACAACGUGAUUGGUUGAUGUGUUCGCAUCACGCGCGCGAUUAGUCGCAACUAGUUACGUUAGACUGCACGUUUGGCUCGAAUUCGUGAUUGACACCGCUGAACUAGCACCAUUCCUAGUGUCCGUAAGGCACGUCCUUAGAGAUAUGUAAAUGAUGGAUCUAUGAUUAUAUGUAUGUAUAAUACGAGUAUGAAUCAAUAUUUUCUUUGUAUUUGUUUUUUUAGUCUUCGACCGAAACUAUAGCAUGUAAUGCCAUUUUUUAAAAGAUACUUCGUAGUUUUAGACUCUUAAAAAAUACUAUUAUAAAAAUGUAUGGAGGUAUCUAAGAGUAUAACUAUACUAUCAUUCCAUUCCAAUUUUAUACUCUCAUACUUUUCUCGUUGCUAGUGGACCAAACUACUAUAUUUCAAGAUACUGAAUAUUAACUUUUAGUUACUCUAACUGUUGUUGUAAGUCUAAUACUAAGUAAUAUACAGAAAUUUAAACACUGUAAUGACGUAAUAAUAAGCCAAAGAGAUUAUAUUAUUUAAUCAACAUGUUUGAACUACUUAUUUGAUUUCAAAUCAAUUAUUAGUGUAGGUGGACUCUUUUGAUGUCAAUAUUAAUUAAGAAUAUAUUUUGAAAACUUUAUUUCUUCGUUUGUCAAUAUGUGGUUAAAUUGACCACUAUGUAGAGUAAAACCUAUUUAGGUGUCUAUUUGUGGUACCUAUCUGUUGAUUUCUAGUCAAUUUCAUUAUAGGGUAAAAGUACAUGAUGUUAAGUUCAAUUAUAUCAUAUAAAAAACACUACUUACAUAUUUUGACAUACUUACCACAUAAAGUGGUUGACAUUCAACUUUAGAUUCAAUUUAUGAAUUACAUAAAUCUAAUAUAAAAUUGUAGAAAAUCCUAGAUCGUUAAAAUUGUUAUAUAAUAAUAAAUUCUUUCUAAACUAUACUAUUCUAAAUUAUAGAUUUAAAAAAGAUAGUGAGAAUAAAUCAUAAGUGUUUCUUAACAUAAUGAAAAUGUAUUGCAAAAAAUUUACAAUUAUUAAUCAAUAUUAUGUUGUAAAACUAAUAUUUACGAUUGCACUUUAUUGACUUUGAUAAUAAAACUGUAUUAGGUAAUAUGAGAAAAUGUGAACAAAAAAAUCUUUUCGUAGUUGUUGAUGAAACGAAAUUUAACAUUUUGAAACUAGCUAGUUUUUGGAAUUGUGAUAUAAGUAGGGGGGAUAUCCAGAAUUGGCCUACUGGAGUGAAUUUAAGAUUCACAAAGCUCUUGAAAACAUUUUUAGAAUUGUUUACGAAAUUAAGGACUGGGCAUAUGAGUGUCAAACAUUUUUGGUAUCUCAAUUUAUUUUACUAAAUUUAAUCAUUUUCAAUUAGCAUUUUAAGAGCUUAUAAAUAAGGCACUUUCUGAACAAAAUGUAUUGGCACUUGAUGUAUUUUGUAUUUUGAUUGCAUACCGUAUGAACCGAGUAGUGUUAAGGGUCAAAAGUAAAGCAUAUAUUCUAAAUUCAUUGUAUUGUACCUAUUGAACAUAGUUAAACACAUUGCUCUGCAUAUUAUAUUAUCAGAGGGUUUAAAUGAAAAAGCGGAUUUACAGAAUGGCUAGCAUUUAUAAUGUAGAGUUUAUUUAUGGUGUGCAUCCUUAUUUAUAGUCUUGCCAAUCAAUUCUAUCACAAAGGGCUCGAAAUUCAAAAGCGCAGAAGGUUGACCCUUGAUAUAUAUAAUAUCAAUAAUAAUUCAGCCUAUAUACGUCCCACUGUUGGGCACAGGCCUCCUCUCAUGCGCGAGAGGGUUCGGGCUAUAGUCCCCACGCUCUAGCCCAAUGCGGAUUGGGGACUUCACACACAACUUUGAAUUUCUUUGCAGAUGUAUGCAGGUUUCCUCACGAUGUUUUCCUUCACCGAAAAGCUAGUGGUAAAUAUCAAGUGAUAUUUCGUACAUAAGUUCCGAACCACCGCUUCUUGAUAUAUAUUUUCAAUUUAUCACCUUUUUUUAAACAGAAAUGGGUUGGCAACACUAUGUAGGAGGAUGCAUCUGCCAUGGCAUAGACAAUACAUCUACUUCUUAAGCUAGAGUUUGUGCAUUGAUUGCAUAAUUAUAACUGAAAAAUGCUAACCAUUCAUCAGUACUUAACCGUCAAAUAGCUAUAAUAAAAAUAUGUUGUAUCCAAAGAUUUAUUUACUGUUUAAUGUACAAUAAUUAAAUUAAAUCAUUUUAAACACAA